AUGCUCGAUCCAUCGUCCAGUGAAGAGGAAUCAGAAAAUGAGCCCAUCGAAGAUGAGAAUUCGGACGUUCUCAGCGUACCAAGCGCCGAACGAAGCUUAUCAGCUAGCGGGGAUAACUUGAGUGUUCAGAGCAGCCGUGCAAAUACCAGCCAGGUCAGACCAUCCAGCCCGAGUCCUUCUCUGAUCAGUGAACGGGAAAAAAGCGAAGAUGUCGACAAAAGCGAUGCAAAGUCGGAAGAGGAACGAAAACGUAGGUUGCAGCUUUAUGUGUUCGUCAUGCGAUGCAUCGCGUACCCGUUCAACGCGAAACAGCCAACCGACAUGGCCAGGCGACAGACGAAGAUCACGAAACAACAACUACAGACCAUCAAGGAAAGGUUCAAUGCCUUUCUGGUCGGCGAAACAAACAUCGUGGCCGACGAGGCUUUCACGAAUGCCGUGCAAAGUUACUACGAGGUUUUCGUCAAGAGUGACCGGGUUCUGGCCAUGGUGAAAAGUGGAGGUUCGUCGGCCAACGAUUUCAGGGAAGUGUUCAAGAACAACAUCGAGAAACGGGUGAGGAGUUUACCAGAAAUUGAUGGCUUGAGCAAGGAGACUGUCCUCAGUUCGUGGAUGACCAAAUACGAUGCCAUAUUUCGGGGUGAAGAAGACCCCAGGAAGCAUCCGCAGAGAGGAGGAACCACGGCAGCCUCUGAACUUAUUCUUAGUAAAGAGCAACUUUAUGAUAUGUUUCAGAAUAUAUUAAACGUCAAGAAAUAUGAACAUCAGAUAUUAUACAAUGCAUGUCAGCAAAUAUUAUUGGCUUCAUUUUCUUCUAUCGCUCUUUCUCCUUCUUCUAUCGCUCUUUCUCCUUCUUCUAUCGCUCUUUCUCCUUCUUCUAUCGCUCUUUCUCCUUCUUCUAUCGCUCUUUCUCCUUCUUCUAUCGCUCUUUCUCCUUCUUCUAUCGCUCUUUCUCCUUCUUCUAUCGCUCUUUUCUCCUUCUUCUAUCGCUCUUUCUCCUUCUUCUAUCGCUCUUUCUCCUUCUUCUAUCGCUCUUUCUCCUUCUUCUAUCGCUCUUUCUCCUUCUUCUAUCGCUCUUUCUCCUUCUUCUAUCGCUCUUUCUCCUUCUUCUAUCGCUCUUUCUCCUUCUUCUAUCCUUUCUCCUUCUUAUCGCUCUUUCUCCUUCUUCUAUCGCUCUUUCUCCUUCUUCUAUCGCUCUUUCUCCUUCUUCUAUCGCUCUUUCUCCUUCUUCUAUCGCUCUUUCUCCUUCUUCUAUCGCUCUUUCUCGACCAUUUUUUACCUCUCAUCUUCGUUUCUUCCUCUUAA